ACUUCCGGCGGGGCCGGAAGACCCUCUCCCUCGCGGUCUUGAGAGGUUCCCGGCUGUUGGUUCUGGAGGGGAGGUCCGGGACGUCCCGGCGAGUACUGGGCGUCGGGUUCACGACCUGUGCUUGGAGCCAUGGGUGUGAUAGGGAUACAGCUGGUCGUUACGAUGGUGAUGGCCAGUGUCAUGCAGAAGAUUAUACCUCACUAUUCUCUUGCUCGAUGGCUACUCUGUAAUGGCAGUUUGAGAUGGUAUCAGCAUCCUACAGAGGAGGAACUAAGGAUUCUUGCAGGGAAGCAAUAUAAAGGCAAAAGCAAGAAAGAUAGGAAAUAUAAUGGUCACAUUGAAAGUAAGCCACUAACCAUUCCAAAGGAUAUUGAUCUCCAUCUAGAAACAAAGUCAGUUACAGAAGUGGAUACUUUAGCAUUACAUUACUUUCCAGAAUACCAGUGGCUGGUGGAUUUCACAGUGGCUGCUACAGUUGUGUAUCUAGUAACUGAAGUCUACUACAGUUUUAUGAAGCCCACACAGGAAAUGAAUAUCAGCUUAGUCUGGUGCCUGCUUGUUUUGUCUUUUGCAAUCAAAGUUCUAUUUUCAUUAACUACACACUAUUUUAAAGUAGAAGAUGGUGGUGAAAGAUCAGUCUGUGUCACCUUUGGAUUUUUUUUCUUCGUCAAAGCAAUGGCAGUCUUGAUUGUAACAGAAAACUAUCUGGAAUUUGGACUCGAAACAGGGUUUACAAAUUUUUCAGACAGUGCGAUGCAGUUUCUUGAAAAGCAAGGUUUAGAGUCUCAGGGUCCUGUUUCAAAACUUACUUUCAAAUUUUUCCUGGCUAUUUUCUGUUCACUCAUUGGGGCUUUUUUGACAUUUCCUGGAUUACGGCUGGCUCAAAUGCAUCUGGAUGCCCUGAAUUUGGCAACAGAAAAAAUUACACAAACAUUACUUCAUAUCAACUUCUUGGCACCUUUAUUUAUGGUUCUGCUCUGGGUAAAACCAAUCACCAAAGACUACAUUAUGAACCCACCAUUGGGUAAAGAAAGUGUCCCUUUAAUGACAGAAGCUACAUUUGAUACUCUGCGACUCUGGUUAAUAAUCCUGCUAUGUGCUUUGCGGUUGGCCAUGAUGCGUAAUCAUCUACAAGCUUACUUGAACUUAGCCCAGAAAUGUGUGGAUCAAAUGAAGAAAGAAGCAGGGCGAAUAAGUACGGUUGAGCUACAGAAAAUGGUGGCUCGAGUCUUUUAUUAUCUUUGUGUCAUUGCCCUGCAGUAUGUGGCACCUCUGGUGAUGCUACUUCAUACCACUCUGCUCUUAAAAACUCUAGGUAAUCAUUCUUGGGGAAUUUAUCCAGAAUCUAUCUCUACUUUGCCGGUGGAUAAUAGUCCGCCCUCCCAUUCUGUUUACUCUGAAUUACCAUCUCCUGAUGGGAAGAUGAAGGUAACUGUUACUCAAAUAACAGUGGCACUGAGCAGCUUAAAAAACAUUUUCACUCCUCUGCUUUUUCGAGGACUUCUGUCUUUUUUGACCUGGUGGAUUGCUGCUUGUCUUUUUUCCACAAGCCUUUUUGGGCUUUUCUAUCACCAGUAUCUGACUGUGGCGUGAAUCUCAGUUAACAAAACAGGAUAUUCAAGUCAUAUUUUGAAUUCAAAUAUGUGUGCCCUUGAAGGACUGACAAAAACCAGAAGAAAGCAAAUACAAAGGAAAAUAAAAAACAUAUCAGAAUAUCUUAUUUUAAAUGCUUCCUCUGUAUUCUCAGGGUGAAUUAAUGAUAUAAUAUUUAAAAUUACAGAAUAGGUUGUUAAGUGCUAUACUGUGGCAUUGGAAUAUUAAUUCCUUGUAUUAACUGAUGUGAGAGGGCUAUCUACAGUGGUAAUACUUCUGAUUACCUUGGUUUACAAAAACCUCCAGCAGUCUUUGAAACUUCUCAUAUGACUCCAGUUUAUUGACUGAUUGCUCUUAAUGGUGUUGAGGUACUGUUGUUAUUCAUAGUGGCUGCCUAUAGAACAAUUUUCAAACUGAGCCAUGCUUUAGGGGGGAGGGAAAGGAACUAAAGUCACUUCUGUUGGUACUAGAUUAGUCACUCUUCAAACAACAAAAUCCAACAGAAAGAGAGAAAUAGCUACUGUAUAUUACAGUAAAGAAAGCUGCACAGUAAUUUUAAAUAUAAUGGAGACGUGUGUGCUUAAUAUCUAUAAGUACUGCUGCUUGAGAGUGGCAAGAGUAUUGUUUUAAAAUGUAUUCUAUCCAAUUUGAGGGAUCUUUCAAGAUGAUUGGUCAUAUGAACAUUUGCAAUCUUGCUGUUAGGUUUGGACCUCCCUUAUUUUAUUUUAUUCUAUGAUCGUAAAGAGUUCUUUUUAAUAGUCUAAAAAUAUUUAUCAAUAUUGAUCAAACUUUUAAAAAAUUUCUUUGUAAUCCUGCUGAUUAUCUGUAUGUAUUGUAUAUAUAUAUUAUAUAUUAAAUAUAUAAUAUAUUGAGAUUAUAAAAGAUGAAAAUAUCGGUUCCUUAUAAUAUUUUAAGUUGCUGAAUGUAUGUUAAAAUGUGAUUGAAUGAAUUGUAUUUGUAUCUAGGAAUUUUCUUUUUUGGAAUGAGAUUAAAAUAUGUUUUAAAAGUU